AAAAGAGCUCGUCCUCGUUCGUGUGAACUCGUUGAUUUCCGUUCAGCAUCGACUUCUGAACAUGGCGAUGGCUUCCUUACGAAACUGUACGUCCUCGCUGUUGUUGUUUAGCAGAAGGUUAUUCGGCCCGCAGCUGAAUUCUCUCUGUUCAUAUCACAAAAAGGUAAAGUUUUUAAACAGUUGACUAAUAUUUUAUACCGACACAAGAAUUUAAUACAUUGUUUUGACAUCAUAUCUUGACGUGUGUUGGUGACACUGUGUUCAGCUAAAUUUAUCAGCACUGUGGUAGUUAUCUUGUUAACACGCGACUCUUAUCAAAAUAGAAAAAUGGGUCAUUGUGUGUUGUGUUUGAUCACAGGUAGUGGACCACUAUGAAAACCCAAGAAAUGUGGGCUCUCUUGACAAGAACAACAGGAAUGUGGGGACUGGGUUGGUGGGUGCACCAGCCUGUGGAGAUGUGAUGAAACUACAGGUAAGGAGGUCAAGAGCACGGGGGUCAACACAGUCCUGUCAUGACAUCUAUCUUAUUUGACUUUAUCUUGUUUUUAGAUACAAGUCGAUGAAAACGGGAAGAUAGUUGAUGCAAAAUUCAAAACAUUUGGUUGUGGAUCAGCCAUCGCCUCCAGUUCCCUGGCUACAGAGUGGGUGAAGGGGAAGUCGGUGAGUGGACACAUGGAUAAGAAAGGAGGACAAUGGUUGGAGGACAAGUACUGCUUUUGUUGAUGAGGAUCUGAUGAGUCUGCUCUCACUGUGCAGGUGGACGAAGCUCUGAAGAUCAAGAACACAGACAUUGCCAAAGAACUUUGCCUUCCUCCAGUUAAGCUUCAUUGUUCCAGUAAGUUGAAAAUAACACAAUUCAAAGAAAGUCCUAAAACUGAACAUUUGGUUGUAAAAAAAAAAAAAGUAACCUCCUUUUUUUUUCUUUUUUCUCUCAGUGCUUGCAGAAGAUGCCAUAAAAGCAGCGUUGUCGGACUACAGAAUAAAACAACAGGACAAGGAGGAUGAACGCGCAAAAGCAACCAGCUAAUAUGUUCUCUCUAACUGAGCCGGUCACACGUCUCAGUGUUUGCCCGGAAAUACUUUAAGGGAUAUUCUGGCGUGAAAUUAAUUUAGGGUCAAACACACAGUAACACAGAGUUAGACACCCCGUCGAGAGAUGGAUGUUGCAGACCGCUUGCUUCUCUAGUUAUACCAACUUUAGUAACGACCGCAUGAUAGCAAUACUAGAUAUAAGUUAUAUAAGUCUAGUUAUACUACUGGUAUAACUAGAGAAGCAAGCGGUCGGCAACAUUCAUCUCUGGAGGGGGUGUCUAACUCGGUGUUUGACUAAAUUUAUUUUACGCUGGAAUAUCCCAUUAACAGCUGUGAUGUUUGGAAGAUUGGUUACCAUGCUACUAUAUCUGGGAGAGAUGGAUAUUGCUCAAGUGCCAGGGGUUGAUUUUGUUUUUUUUUCUCAUCAGAAGUAGUCUCUUGGUGUGUGUGUUAAUUUUGGAGUCAAUGUUAAACGGGUAUUAGGUAUUUUAAGACAGUAUAUCCUCAAAUUUAAACCAAGAAGCUCUUUUUGUUUUUAAGCUCAUCAGAAAAUGCUUCUCAUGAAUCAGAAAGUCUUGGUUCGGUGGUGGUUUUGUACAUUUUUGGCAUUAAGGCUUUAUUUGGCUAAAUUGUAUAAAAUCCCUGGUUCUGAGUGGAAGAUUCAGUUUAAAAAGCAGCUCAGUCAACAGGUGAAGUACAUGUACAAAAGCAUGAUACAGACGACUGUAUGAGACUGUACUUAUUGUGAUUAUUAAACAGAAACAUCUUCA